ACAGUUUUGCUGGCCGUAAUUUUUCUACGAUAAAUUAACUUAUAAUUUGAUCGAGCAAUUCAAUAUCACGUAUCAGGAAUAUAUCAGGAGAGUGCGUGCUACGGAAAUAAUUAGUGAAUAAAGCGAAUACAAAAGCGAAACGAGUGCAAUAGAAGUGAGAUAAAGAAGGCAGUUGCAGCCCAGCCCUAGCAACAACAACAAAGGGAAGAGAGAACGCAAACGUGAGAGAGGAGAGGUCAGCAAACCCGCAAUUUAAGAAAAGUAGACACGUACAGCGGCAGAAGAAGAAAUCAAAGACACGAUAUCUGCAACAAUGUCAUCCGGCGAUUUCGGCAAUCCCCUGAGAAAAUUCAAAUUAGUCUUUCUGGGGGAACAGAGUGUGGGAAAGACGUCGCUAAUUACACGAUUUAUGUAUGACAGCUUCGACAACACCUACCAGGCGACAAUUGGUAUUGAUUUUCUCUCCAAAACUAUGUACCUCGAAGAUCGGACAGUGCGACUGCAGUUGUGGGAUACGGCGGGACAAGAGAGAUUUCGAUCCCUGAUACCCUCGUAUAUACGCGACUCGACGGUUGCCGUUGUCGUCUACGAUAUCACUAAUACGAAUUCAUUCCACCAAACCUCCAAAUGGAUUGAUGACGUGCGCACGGAGCGGGGCAGUGACGUCAUCAUUAUGCUCGUCGGCAACAAAACGGAUCUAUCGGACAAACGACAAGUGUCCACGGAGGAGGGGGAGCGCAAGGCGAAGGAGCUAAAUGUGAUGUUCAUCGAGACGAGCGCCAAAGCCGGCUACAACGUUAAACAGUUGUUCCGGCGUGUGGCGGCCGCGUUGCCCGGAAUGGAUUCAACCGAGAACAAACCCUCAGAGGACAUGCAAGAGGUUGUGCUGAAGGACUCACCCAAUGAGACAAAGGAUCCCGAAGGUGGCUGCGCAUGCUAGAACUAGGACCCAGCCUCCAUCGCCCCCCACUCCCCUGCUUCGGCCUUGAUAACAUUCACACACUGACAUACGCUGGCGACGGGUGUACACAUGUGUAUGUGGCGGAUAAAGAUGCUUGAAAUAAUACACACAUACACACAAUUCUAUUCUUAAGUUUAUUUAUAAACAGACGAAAUGCAGACGUUAAUGUGAACCCAAUACAACUGAUAGUUAUGGAUGGGCGCCAAUGGACCGAUCGGAUAAUAUAAUUAUAUGCCUAACAGAUGCCACAGUGCUGUGCAUUUUUAACAAUCCUCAUUUAAAAUUUUAAUAAACCUUAUGUACUUACUAACUGAACACCUACAUAGGCGUCAAUAGUGUCUGAGACUCUUUAAAGAGCCCCAAGCAUUCCAUUUAGACACUCCGAUACACCAAAAGCCGCCUUGUGUUCAAGCACUGAUACAAAUCCAUGGAUGAUGAGGAGCCAGCAGGAAAGUUACUUUUUAUCAAUACACCUGCCCAAUAAAUUAAACGCCUGCUUUGUUUUCACACACGUUCAAUUAAUUGUUUUUAGCAGAUCUGUAACAUUAAUAUUGGGUCGGGAUAAAGAAAAAUUCGAAACAUGCAUCUUAUGAAUAAAUAUAUAUAUAUUGUAUUUUUAUGAAACGAUGAGAAGAGUAACCAUUAAACAACAAAUUUUUGCUUCGAUUAGAAACAA